AUUGACAGCUGUACACCUGGUGUAUGCUCCAGAUUUUCACAUUCCUGAACGGAUGUUCCUGGAUGUGUGUGGAUUCCCUGGGUCCGUCUUCGACGUUUUCCUGAAGCUUCUGGGACCUGGCGAUCUUAAGACCUGGAGCAGAUGUCCACAAUCCGACUGAGAACCAUCACCGAUUUAAUAUUAUCUUUUCUCUCAACCACAUAUUGUGGAGCAGCAGUCAGCACCAUCAGCCGAUGAAGCGUGCAUGGCAUAUUCCCUUCGAAAGACAGCGGGAAUUUAUUGGUUGAAAUAACUGCUGAUCAUCAGCCCGCGAAUGUGAGACGGCUGGGUGGCCGCUGAGGAUGCAGCGUAAUCUACCACCAACGGUGUGGCGCCCCAUGGCCGUGCAACCGCAGCCCUCGGGCUCGUCCUGCUCCAGCAACGAACCGGAAUGGACGUCGGGUACUGAACAGGAAGGGGAUCUGAGUGCCACGUGCAGUUGUCGUCUGGAGAGAGUGGAAGAAGAUGUCCUGGUUGUCAGUGUGCAGCGGGAUGAUGGAUGCCUGUUUCGGGGCGCCCUCCUCAAAGUCAAGUCCUGGCCCUGUCCUGACAUUCCUCCUCUGGACGUGACAUCCGCACCUGACGCUGUUGCCAGCACCGUCUCCGGUCUGUCAGAGGAUGGCAUGGGUGCUGGUGUCGGUACAUUCCCCAAGGAGUUGUUAGCGUCGGUGCCAGACGGUGAGCAGGUGCCAUUGGGACGGCCUAAUCCCGUUAUGGAGCCCAUAUCCGGUCUCGGUGGGUCGACCGAGCCGCCAGCCGCUGCUGCGGCCCCACAGGCCGAUAGCGAUCAGACUGUUAACAGCAGUGAGGGGCGCAGUGACUUUGCUGCCAUUCAGUACCGCUGGUCGUAUUUCCAGAAGAAUCUUCCACAGUUGCCGCGGAAGAAUAUUCAAUCCAAACGGGAAAAAGAGAAACUGGAAGCAGUUCCAAAACUCAGACCGCGGAAUUUCUUGUGCACGCGGUGUAAAUUCGCGCUUCCGGGUUUCACGCAACCCCAGACACCCGCGUCGGUACCGGAAAGCACGGAUGAUGCCAACGGCAUCGCAGCCGCCACCCCAUCGCCGCCCACCAACGCCACUCCGUUGUCACCUUCCCACAUUCGCAAACGGAAGCCGCCGGUUAAGCGGACCAUCGUGCGACCGAGUUACAUUAUGGACGCGUACCCAACAGUGGGUCCUGAUUUUCCCGGUAUCAAUUCGAUGGUUUCCAGUGAAUCGUCUGCACCGGUGGCCACUGAACAGCGCAAAUCAACCACCCAUCGCUCCAAACGCAACCAUGGUGCAGCCAAGGAGAAAGAAGACCCGUUGGCUGUUGCGACGAUCCUCUCGUCACCGACGUCCUCCGGAGAUUCGGGGCUGAAAAUCAAGUUCAAAUUGUCCAGCGGAGCCGUCCCGGCUGAUAUUCCUAGCGUGAAUAAUAAACCGAAACGGGCGAAACGGGCCAAAGCGGCUCCCGAAGAGGAUGAAGAUGAAUUUAUGUGGCCACCCAAGCUGCGUAUCGACGAUGCUGCCGAAGAGAUUAAAGAUAAAGAGAGUCCGGAUAGUCCGGAGGAAUCGUCGGUCCAGGUUUCGGAGCCGGUGGUCAGCGAUGUUUCGCGUCCCAUGGUAACUCUGGCGACCCCUGCCAAACCAAAACGACGAGGCCGUCCUACUGCGAAGGUGCUUGAAAAUGAAGCGGCGGGGCAUGGGUCUAUAGCGGAGACAACAGAAAAGCAGCCGGAGCAGAAGAAAGCGAGAACAAGGGAUGCCAUUUUAUCCAAGUCCGAAUCGGAUGCUGAUAAUUUGCCAAAGGCUCGCUCUGUCGAUAGCUGUGUCACUAAGGAUGGUAGAACGUUCAACGUCGGUGACGUGGUGUGGGGAAAAUUGACUGGAUAUCCGUGGUGGCCAGGCAAAAUCAACCAUAUAGUCGUAUGCGAUGAUCCGAUGCUACAGAAUACCGCUAGUAGUGCCGCCUUGACGGAUCCCCGUUCUCCUCCUGUGCUGCAGUAUCAAGAAGCUCAAAUCGAAUGGUACGGUCAGAAAUCGUCCAUUUCCUACAUUGAAGUUAUGCAGUUGAGUCACUAUGUGGAAGACUAUCAGAAAAAAUACAAGCCGAAAGAACGAGCCGGUGGCUAUCCGGAAGCCAUCAAGGCCGCCAACGCGGCGGCUAAUCGGCCCAAUCGCAACACAGUAUCGACGGAACGCACUUCCGAGCCCGCACGCGACAGCGUCCCCCGUGGACGGGGGCGUGGCCGUGGCAAAGCCAGUGGACAACGUCGACGCGUUGUAUCCGAUGAAGAUGUGGAAGAGCCGGACAUCUUGUCACAGUUAGCCCGCGAGACGCUGGAUAAAGAGCGGGCCCAAGCCGUCCAGGAACCUUCCCAGUCCAAUGUCUCGCUACUGCCGAGUGCCCAUGAGUCUUCUCUCACCGCGGUCAGCGGAGGCGAGAUUCUGGCGAAGGAUAUUUAUAACUUUGAGCCCACGGAUACGUCGGCGGCCCCACAUCCGCAUGGGCCGCGCAGUGGACGCACGUCGUCGUCCAGUCGCGGGAGCGGUCACUCUGCGCACAACCAUGAACAUUUGGAUCACAGCGGUAUCACGGUGUUCCCGCUGGGCAUACCGGGACGACAUCAGGCCCAACCGCAUUCCAGUCGUACUGGAAAUUUUGCGUCGAGUUUCGGGCGGACCUUCCCGCUGGAUAUCCAUCCACCCAUUCUGCCGAUGAACAAUAAUGUGGGAGUGACUAGUAAUCAAAACGGCACGGGCUCAUUUGCAGCGGAAGAACGACCGCCUGGCUCAAAUGUCUGGCCAACUACAUAAAUACGAAACCUUUCUGUUUAAUGAAAUUGUACUGAAAUUAUUGGGGAGUGACGGAAUGAGACAGUGAGCGUGGCUUUUGUGAUGUAGGGACAGAGGGUGGGUUGAUGUGCUGGGGAGCAGCGCAAAUAAGGAGAAGGCGUGCAGAUUUACGUAUACAUUGGGAAUGUUUUUAAAAGAAUUUAGUUGUAGUACUUAUAUUGUUUCUUUCGGGGACAGUGGUUUGCUUGUUUUUAGCAUUGGGCUGUCGUAGUUGCUUAUGUUGGAGCUUUAUACGAAAUGGCUGUUUUAAUUUCAUAGGUAAUCCUUCGCGUUUUAUGUUCUUGUCUGGUCUUUGUAGAUAAAUUAGGUGACGUGCACGUCUGACAGAAUGAAAUUGAUUGUGUUUUUAUUUCGGGAAGAACUGUCUUACGCGAUCGGUACAUUUGAGUGACUAGUUGUUCAAAAUUCUUUACGCGGAAUUAAACAAUUUGAGAAUG